AUGUCGACACUAAAAUAUUUUGAAGGUAAAAAAAUUAGAGCCCACGAAUCUCUUGAAAGUGUGAAAGAAAUAUUUCGUGUCAAUGGAUCAAACCGCCCUGGCAGGCAGCGUGGAGGAUGCGUUGUUAUCUCUUUGAAGUCAUCCAUCUCAUCUCAAAUUCGCAUCGUUUUACCUCAUGUUGUCAAUGAUGCACUGAAAACCCUUUUUCUCAAGGGUAUUAUUGACAGUGAACCAUACUUCAUCUGUGCCAUCUAUCAUCCACUAAAUCAUCCAUCAUACGAAUUUUCCACCUUGAUGGGUCCUCUCUAA